AUGCGGAGCUUCGGGCGUCCUCCCGUCCCAUGCGGCCUGCGCUGGCCUGGGACGCCGGGGCAUGGGCGGUGCCGGUCGGGGCUAUCUCUGUGGCCGAGCUCUGUGCCUGGGAUUGCCCUGUGCCGGGCCCCUGCCUGGGCUGGGCCGGGCUCUGUAACCGUGUCUGCCGUGUGCCAGGGGCAGGAGGAUGGCGAGCGGCGGCACCAGCAGCUCCUGGAGGCGGUCAGUUCCCUCUCCGGACGGAGGCGGCGGAAGCUGGCAGAGCGUACAGAAGCAAGCACACAGGUGUCAGAGUUUAAUGUCAGCUGUAAAGGUGCUGGGGAGAAGCUGGUUCUGUCUGAGCUCCUGCAGCCCAUCCGUCCCAAAUCUGCCCUGAGCACUGUGAAGAAGGAGCUGACCAAAGUGAAACAGAAGAAGGCGGUGGAGCUGCCACUCAGCAAAGAGGAGGCAGAGCGGGUUGUGAGGGAAGCUGCCUAUGUAAGGACCUCUAAAGACGUGGGCAGAUGGCAGCAGGUGGUUUUGCAGAACCGACGGGCAGAGCAGCUGGUUUUCCCUCUGAAGCAGGAGAUUGCUACUGUUGUCCCCCUGGAACAAGUGGUUUCAGCAUGGAAGGCCCGAACUCCCCUGGAGCAGGAGAUCUUUGGACUGCUCCACAAGACGAAGCAGCCCAUCACAGACCCACUCCUGACACCAGAGGAGACAGCCUCACUGCAGGCAAUGAGCUUGGAGGAGGCCCGGCAGCGGCGAGCAGAGCUCCAAAAGGCUCGGGUUGUGCAGUCCUACUACGAAGCCAAGGCUCGGCGAGAGAAGAAGAUCAAGAGCAAGAAGUACCAUCGUGUGCUGAAAAAAAGCAAGAGACGCAAGGCCUUAAAGGAGUUUGAGCUGCUGCAUAAGUCGGACCCUGAGGCCGCCUUGGCAAAACUGGAGGAGCUGGAGCAGCUCAGGAUGCAGGAGCGGAUGAGUCUUAAGCACCAGAACAAGGGAAAAUGGGCCCGCUCCAGGGCCAUUAUGGCUAAGUAUGACCUGGAGGCCCGCAAGGCCAUGCAGGAGCAGCUGGCCAGGAACAAGGAGCUAACGCAGAAGGUGCGGGUGGAGCUGCCUGAGGAGGAGCCAAGUGAUGUGCCUGAGGAGGACCUCACGUCAGAGACCGUCCCCACCAUCCCUGUGGGGGCCAGCGGAGCUAAUCCCUGGAUGCUGGGGAAGCCCAGCGGCCCAGCUGAGGAGCUCAAGGUGCAGGAGGGUCUUGAAAAUGUUGCGGUGCCUGAUGCUGUGGAGAGCAAGGAGGAGAUGGAGAAAGAUGAUGAUGAGGAGGAUAUGUCAGAGGAGGAAGCUCUGCUACAAGACUUUAUGCAGAAACGGCAAGUGCGGCAGCAGCAGGCAAGGAGCCUUGAAGAACAAGGUGCUGAUGAGACGGAGGCAGUUCCUGAGCUGCCAGGGGAUGGCCCCAUCCACCCCAUCUCUGCCGAGGAUCAGGCGAGUGUAGGGAUCGAGCAGCCUCCCCAGGCCCAGGAGGAGAUCCUGCUGUCGGAGCAGCUGGGCCGGGUGCAGACAAUGGACGACGUUGAUGCUCUGGCCUCAGAGGAGCGGGUGGAAGAGCAGGAGAAGCUAGUGGUUGCAACAGCAGAGAAGCCGGUGCCUGCAAGAGCAGAGAAGCGAGUGCAGCAGCAGGAGGAAGGCAGAGCUGGGGACAAGCGUGCCAAGAAACCAGCCAAGAAGAAGAUCAUUAGCCUGGAGGCUGUGCUGGCUGGGAAGCCCCAGCAGGUUCAGUGCCCCAGCCUGCCUGUGGUCGUGGAGGAGGAGGAGGGUGGCAUCGACCAAAGAGGGGUGAUCACAGAGGCCUUUGCUGGGGAUGACGUAGUCGCUGACUUCACCCGGGAGAAGCGCAAGGCAGAGGAGGCUGCGAAGCCACAGCCGGUGAACCUGGUGCUGCCAGGCUGGGGCGAGUGGGGAGGCACAGGAUUGAAGCCCAGCGCCAGGAAAAUAAAACGGUUCCUGCUCAAGCCGCCCCCUGCGCCUCCCCGGAAGGACCAGCACUUGCCCCACGUCAUCAUGAGCGAGCGGCGCAACAUCCAUGCAGCAGCGCAUCAGGUCAGCGAGCUGCCCUUCCCCUUUGAGAGGCACCAGCAGUUUGAGCAGAGCAUCCGGACACCCGUGGGCGCCACGUGGAACACGCAGCGUGCCUUCCAGAAGCUGACCACCCCUCGCAUCAUUACCCGAUCGGGCCACAUCAUCAAGCCCCUCUCUGCCGAGGAUGUCCCCGACAUGGCCACCACGGCUGGCACUGGAGCCAAGCCGGCGCUAGAAAUUGUUCCCCAGCGACCAGAGCCACCCUUGUGCCGCCGGCGCAGGAGAGCGCGGUAGCUCUGCGCCCGCGUGUCCCUGCUGCUUGGACUGGUGCAGGAGCCAGGAGGGGCUCCUGGUUCUCUUCAGUACCUUCUCCCGCUUCCCCCUCCCCUACAAUAAAACUCCUGGGCUGCCUUGUCUGUGCAGCCUGCGUGGCUGCCCGCACAGCGCCCCGGGGCCAGGACAGCUGGUGCCCUCCUGCCUGUCCUUGGGGCCCCGCGCGGGGCAGGGGCCUUUGGCCGGGUGUAGCGGGAACAGCUCGCGCAGGCCGGGCUGGGAGUGCAGCGCGGGGUGGGGGGAGCAGCCGCCAGUGCUCCCUGAGGGCUGGGUGGCACCUGCCUUAUAGAUUUUGUCUUUCAUGCCCCCCUUUUUUUAAAUAUAGCAUAUACAUAUUUUUAAUCUUGGUUAAAGGGGCUUUCUUGCAGCCCUGCUCUGAGCCUAGCCACCGGGUCCCGCUCCAGUUCUGCAUACAGCUCCAAAGUAACUCCUGCCCAGCUCUAAUAAACCAGAUCACCUGGAAAACGGGCUGAGGC